AUGGCCCAUAAGGCUGCAAUGCUGCAAGACGUUACGCCGGCAACACUCUUGGACAAAGCAGUUGAAAAAAAACUCUCGACAAAAACCUACAUCCUCCUCCUGAUCCAACUCAAUUCCAAACACUCCAUCGACGAUGACGCGUUUGUCCAGUUGUUGAAACCUGUCAACGUCUCCACAAGUGGAGAGCUCGAGGACCACCGACUACAUCUUCUUGCCGAGCUGUCCUUGACUACCAAAUCCAACGCGGCGCGAUUCUGGUCCAACUUGAUCAAGAUUGACCAUGAGUUUCAAGCAAGGUAUUUAGCAGCGUUUCGUAAUGUGUUGCUAAAGAGCGACCUCGUGAAUCAAGAAGUGCUCAAAUCGACAGUUUAUGAAUACUUGCCGCUGUAUGUGCAUUCGUAUUUGGACAAACACGCCUUUUUGCAACUGGUGCUUGAUCAAAUUGCCAUGUUGAUGGGAGUAUUGAUGGACCAUCAUUCGGACUUGGUGAUACAGAAAGCGGCCGAGACUUGGGAUAAGCUACUAGUCAAGUUCAUCUUGCUGGCCCUGCAGUACAACAGCCGAUCGCAUAGUCUCACGAGGGUAAGAAGCAAGUCAAUGUCGAUUUUAUCUCAGGGCCUGUUGCAAAAGUUGGAAGACAUGAGCUUGUCGAGGACUGAAGACGCAAGUGAAGGAGGCACAGGUCAAUUUGCUGAUGUUGCCCCAUUUUCUUUGACCAUACAUAAUAAAUUGGACUCGUAUUUGCUGAUCAAGAGCUUGUACUGGAUCCAUCAAUUCACCAAAGACUUUCAGCAAUUGCAGCAGUUGGAAGAACCAGGGGUAUUCUUGAAAUAUUUCAUUCUGGAGUUCAUCUCGCCGCAAAGACAGUCGGAUAAACACCACAUUGCUCGAUCCUUGUGUGAAGCUCUUGCUGCCACCUUGAAUGUGGCGGGGUUCCAUUUGUUCAAUGUCAAGAACUUUCUCUUGACUAGAGUACCGCCAAUUUUUCAGCUUUUGAAAAUUGACCAUGAAGAGAGCAUAAAGAUUGUAAGUGAAAAGUUGCCGAAUUCAGAUGCCAAUUUCAAGAGCGUGGUUGUGGAUGCGGUUGCGGACGCGGUUGGAUCGAAAACUAAGGAGUUUGUAGAACUCAGCACGCAGUUGAGGUUCAAGUUCAGCGAAGAGUUGGCCAACAUCAACUCGGGAUUCACAAGUCUCGAUGAAAAUGGACUCGUCUUGUUUUUGCGUGACUUGCCCAAGUCGCUCACGACGUAUCAGCUGCAGAAAGCAGCUUCGUACAUGAUCCUUGGCGCCAUUGACGAGCUCAUGGGGUUGGGACCGGGACCAGGUUCGAAAUCAAAGGAACAGGAGAAAUUGAGCCGGUUCUUGCUAGUAUUGAUGAACAAUAUUGAAUUGUUAAACAUAAUAGUUUACAAUACAAAUCUCGACCUUGUCAAGAAAUUGAUAGACUAUACCGAUUAUGACCAAUUCAGCAUUGAUCCGGACGAGGACGAGUUUCAGGAACUUUAUUCGUAUUGCGGCAUCGCAUUGCUCAGCAUUUUAGUCAUUUUGGAAGUAUUUCUGGUUGAUAUUUCCAAAAUCGAUAUCAAAAACUCGUUUUCAGUCACAUUUAUCAAUUCAUUCUACUAUAGGUUUGGAAUCAAUCUCACAAACAGAGUGCCCGCUGAGAUUGACGAAGAAGACUCGAUGAUUGUCGCCAACUACAACACCUUGGUGUCUGAGUGGGUCGGGGCAUUGUUCAACGAGUCCAACGACGGAUUAUCGGAUGAGUUGAUGAAGAGUUUGAAUGUCAAACAGAUUUACAAGUUGGUGCCCGUCCUCUACAAGCAAGCAAUUGAAGCCACAAACAUUGGCAAGAUUAGUUUCGCCAGCUUGAGUAACGGCUUGGACUAUUUAUCGCAAAUUUUCCUAAUACCGGUGGGGGUAUGCUUGAUCCACUGGAUGCUAAGAGAUCCCUUGAUCAAAAGAGACUUGAAAAGCAAAAUCAUCACCGAUUUCAUCAAUACAAACUUGCAAGGCCCGGGCGACUCAUCCACACUCAUGCUCAAGAUGAUUUUGAACAUUGUUGGUCCUGAGAUUUUGAAACUGCGCUUGUUGUCCGCUCAAUUGUCCGAGUUGGUGGCACCGCACUUGCACUAUCAAGUGCAACCGCUGGCUUCUGACAAGAUUUGGAACAUUCGGGAAAAUUUUAAAAACAUCUUUAGUGCCGACAAGCUGCAGCUGCAGCUGCAGCUAACGCCAAUAUUCAAUAGCUUUGAUGACUAUUUACUUCACAACCAGUUUGAGUUGGCGCAGUUUGUGGUGCAGGAGCUUUACACGUAUCAAACUGAGUCGAAUGAGGAAAACUUGAAGCUAUUUAUCAACUUAAUGAUUUCCAUUUUCAUCUGGAACUCAGUGAGGAACGCCAGCGAUGGUGCGUAUUGGAAAGAAGUGCUCAAUGAAACUACCAUUGCCUCUAGUGAAGUUGUUCCCGCGACGCUGGAGCCACCAGUACCAGACAGCAAGAAGAAAAAAUUCAGCCUUUCAAUGGAUAAUCACUACUCAUCCAUCUUUAAUGACGAAAGCAACCCACCUACAGCCAUCAAGGACGAGUUUGAUGAGAUGGGCGAUUUCUUAAAUAGCAAUGACGAUGAUGACGACGACGGAAAGGACCGAGACGCAGAUGUGGAGAUGAAUGUGCCCACGAGCGAAAUCUUGACUGAAUCCUUGAGUCGAUUGCGACGUGACAAUUGCUUACUUGCCCAAUUUAGACGUAUCAAACUGGCAACUACACGCACAAGCUUGUUUUUCAGCACGGUAAAAAUUAUGAAUGAAAGAAUUCUAGAGGAAUUGAGCAGUUGUGAGGUGUAA